AUGUCAGAUUGCAAUAAACUAGAAGCUGUUGGUCGGGCCCGCGGAAAUGGGCGAGCAUAAUCUCCUUAAUCCAGGGUUUGUGGGACCUUUGGUUAACAUCCACACUGGAGAUACGUUUUACUUUCCGAAUUUUAGAGCCUCGGGGGGACAACUGGCGGGGCUACCGUCGCUCUCAUACCCGAGAAGGGACAAUGUUUGCUCCCUCCCGUGGAAUCCUUCGGAGCCGUGCAAUGGAUAUUCUCAAUCCUACUUUAGUAGCCCCGUGUCUAUUAACCCUUCCUUUAAUCGGUCGUGUGAAAUUACCAGACCAGAGGAGGGUAAAUGUUAUUACAACGGCGGAAACGGCAACAGGGAGACCUGUUCAGGUGGCAGUAGCCUCAAACGAGAGGACAGGGCGAGAGACACAUCAUCCCUAACAUCUGAUCACGGGAUGCACAGUGGAAUUGGCGGCAGUGCCGCCUUUUCCAAAUAUGAUUAUGGGACCGAGCAGCUGACGCAAGACCCGCCAUCCUGUCAGUCAAUGGAGUCCGACUCCAGCUCGUCUCUGCUCAACGAGGGCAGCAAGCCUUCAUCCAGCGACACACAGACCCUGGUGUCACCGGGAAGCCAUUCAAGCAACAUAGCUGCAGGCGGAGGUGCCCCGUGGUACCCGAUGCACACUCGGACCAGAAAGAAACGCAAACCCUAUUCCAAACUUCAGCUAGCUGAGCUAGAAGGUGAAUUCAUGCUGAAUGAGUUCAUCACCAGGCAGCGGCGGAGGGAGCUCUCCGAUCGUCUGAAUCUCAGCGACCAGCAAGUCAAGAUCUGGUUCCAGAACCGCAGGAUGAAAAAGAAGAGACUAAUGUUGAGGGAACAAGCUUUGGCCUACUUUUAGAGAUGCAGCAGAAGGUGAAUCGAUAUAGGCAGUAAAAGCCUAGCCUUCUUCGCUCCCCCUAUGCAUGCACUCACCUAUCCAUCUUUUACACCGCAGGCUAUUAUUACAUCCCUUUUCUGCUAUUUUCUCUCCAAGGUGCCGGUAACGAAAACCCCCAAACAAGCCAAAAUCUGGAACCCAAAGCUGCAGUCUUAUACGUAUCAGUGAGCCUUCAUGUUUGGGGAAAAAUCGCACAAAAAAAAAGCUGUGAGAAUGUGUUUUGUAUGUAGGGUGUUAUUUUUUUUUAUUUCUUACUGAUCUGUUAAGAGAUUAGUAUACGCCCUAGGUCACGCUAAAUGUGUCUUAACAAGCAAUAUUUUUGUGAGAUGACAUCGAUGGCAGCAUAAGUUUGUCCUUGUUUUAGACAGAGAACAUAGGGGGAGCGGGGCCACUCGACGAAUAUCUCGGAAUAGGCCUGAAGAAAAAUAACCCAAAGAAGUCACAAGGAGAAGUCCUUUUACUGAAGGCAUCAGCGUAAAAAUGUCUGAGAAGUUAGGAAAAUAUAAAGAAGAAUUACCAUCUCGGGUUCUUUUACGUCCACAAAUAUUAAUUGUUGGGUAAGAGGAGCACUUCCUUUCCACAUUUUGCCACGUUUAUGAGCACGUUCACGGUCACGGGCAGCAGAUCUGAAGGUCUGGAAGUUUGCAUGAGGAGAGGGAGGUCUAAAAUCUGCAAUGCAAUCUAUAUCUAUAGGCCUAUCUUAACGACUGCAUUGAAAGAAUUAAUUGCCACUACUUUGUUCAAGUUUAUAAGUUUUUUCCUUUUCUACUUUUAUUGCCUUUCAACUUGUCUUAACAAUAACCACUGAAUCCUGCAUGGGUUGCAUUUCUUUAGUUGAGUGAGAUCACCGUUUGAAAACGGUGUUUUAGCUGCUAUUAAAAAGUCUACGUCCAGUCUGUGCCAGUGAAAAAUAACUCCAAAUGAUGUGUAGUGAACGAGUCCACGGUAUCGCUGUUUUAGGCAAAUUCAGUGAAUCGAGGCAUCCGCCUAAUUAUAACAGGGGUAAACGUUUAAGGCCGAAAAGGAUCAUUUUGAAACAUGGUGCUCAUUAAGAAAAAAAUAAUCAAAUAUGUAAAAGUUGAGAAUAUAUAUUUACAUGCCUGUGCGUGUGUGCCUCCUCAAUUCGGGCCAACGCAGUGCAUUAUUUGUCAUGUGUUAUGAGUAAGCUAUUGCAGUGAAAUAUUAGCGGCAUGUUAUUGAUGUGAAAUAGCUCCAAGUCAUGUUCUGCGGGCCACUUUUUACCGGUAGGCGACUUUUUUAUACUUUUUUUCUGAACAAAUCAAAUACCAACAACUUAAAACAUUUUGACACAAAUGUCUUCAAAGAAUGUAUUAUUGUUACUGUUAUUAUUGUUAUUAUAAGGGUAGAAGGACGGAUGGCCAUUUAAGGCCUACUUAAUGUACUUGCUCCUUGCAGCGUGCGCAGUGUUGUCCCCUUCCUUACGUUGUCCUCGUGUAUAACUUUGUAAAAUGAAAUGUAUCAGUAUUUGCAUCCUAUUUGAGGAUCCCUUAUCGCUAUGUAAUAGUGCUUUACGUUAUUGAUCGUCUUGUACAAUAUCGCAUUCCAUAUAGCCAAUGUGUGACUGUAAGGGGGGAUGUAGGCCGAUAUACAGCCAACAAUGACAAUGAUAUAAUUAUUUUAAAGAUAUUACAAAUGUAUUACUUUUUUAAUCAUUCAUGACAUAUAAGAAAGCUUGUUUCAGUGUUGUAAUUGUCUAUUACCGUUCUUUUAUGUCGCCCACCACCCCGUUGCAUUCCUUUGUUUGCGCUUGUAAGGAUUGCUGCGUUGUCUUGUAAAAGUAAUAAUGAUAUGAAUGUAUAUGCGUAAGGUGUUCAAUAAACAGAAUAUUGAAACGUUUAUUGGUGGUACCUCAGUGUGUCUUUCCGUUAAAAGAACAAAAAAUCUUAGCGUGAGAUCAUUUAAUUAGACGUGACCUGUAACACAGUUUGACAAUGAAAUAAAAUUCUGACCAUUAUUGGGACAUUUGGAAGUAUUUGAGAGGGUGUUUUGUUGGUGUGCGCGCCGUGAAAUGUGCCCAAAAGAAGCCCACACAAGUUGGACUUGUUUUAUUGUGGCCUCCACAGACACAAACGUAGGUUUAGGUAGAUGUAAUAGAGGUUGCCAUGCAAAAUGGCCGUCAGAUACAUGCUCUAACCCGCUCCUUGCUCUGAAUAUUAUCAUUUUUUAUUGCACCUGGGACACGACAACAACUAUGGCAACCAUUAUAUCUGCCCUCUGUAAAAAAAAUAAUAAAAAAAAUAAAAAAAUA